AUUGAAUGUGACCACAGCUUGACUCACUCCCGGUUUGUUGUCGAAGCAUAUUGUCGUCAAUUUUGGCUGAUCGGAAUGCCUGGGGGCUCAUACUGAGUUCCUCUUAAGCCAAUAUGCGCAGAUAUGUAGUCCGACGCGCUGCGAACUCCAUUCGAAAAUAUGCUACCGCUCCUCAACCACAACCUCCUACACAAAGGUCCAGUCCCACGACCGCGGAAUAUGAAAAGCGAGUGGAAGAUUUGAAGGAAUAUGCUCCCCUGCGACGGCUUUACCCUCGCAUAUUAAGCAAUCCUACAGAAUUGUCCACCCUCCCGGACCGUUACAAUGCCUCUAUCAACCUUCAGCAACGCCAACAAUCCGAUGAGCCGUCACCGGUUCAUUCUGUCUAUGUUCACGGCAGGAUCGAAAAGCUUGCGCAUCUCGGCUCGAACCUCCAUUUCAUCCACAUCACCGAUGGAAAGACACAUACGCAGGUGACUGCGAGCUACUCCUCGAUGCCGGAAUUCCUUUUGAAGGAUGAUUUCCGAAACCUACAUAAACUCCUCCGCGUCGGUGAUCAUAUUCGGGUCCGUGGCACUUUACACGAAGUUGAGCGAAUGCCCGGGACAAUUGGAUUACGAGCGAACCAACUACCCGAGAUCAUUGCGCCCUCGUUGCACCUCAUCCCGAAGGGGAUCGCAAAGAAGGAGGCUCUUGCCAGACGCAGGCAUGUGGCUAUGAUGACGGAUCCACAACUCACGAACGCCAUCAGAAUACGCCAUAUCAUUCAGCAGACCAUGCGGUCGUACUUCGACGGCUUCCGCUUCACCGAAGUCAACACUCCAAUCCUCGGCUUCGGCGCAUCAGGGGCUGCCGCUCGGUCGUUUCGAACAAUUGCUACGGAGAUGACAAAUGUCGAUUUAAGACUCCGAAUUGCCCCUGAGCUUUUUUUGAAGCGCAUGAUUGUUGGCGACAUUGGACCGGUUUACGAAAUUGGACCAGCCUUCCGGAAUGAAGGAGUUGACGCUACACACAACCCAGAAUUCACCAUGUGCGAAUUCUACGAACCGCAUGCCAAUAAGAAAGUACUCAUUUCACGAACACGGAAUAUCCUGGUCCGCAUAGUGAAAGCACUGAGAAAGGCGCAUUCAGAAGGCAUACUCAAGGAGCCCCCGCAUAUUCCGGAGAAUAUCAACUUCGACGGACAGUGGAAAACCCUAGAAUUCAUCCCUACUCUCGAGUCUGUCAUCGGCGAGCGCCUUGAUAACCCUAACUUCAAAUUUCCUAUGAUUGCAGUCAAGACCCGCGCCGAGCUCCGUUCAACUGUCACCGCCCUCACGACCCUCCACCUCUUCUUAAAGCUGCCGCUCCCCACCAAUGCCACGCUUCCCCGUCUCCUCGACUCCCUCGGCAGCCAUCUCAUCGAGCCUCUCUGCGACAACAUCACCUGGAUCGUUAACCACCCCGUCGUGAUGUCUCCCCUCGCCAAGUCCUUCCGCUGCAGUAAAACCGAGCAAUACGUCGCUGCGCGGGCCGAGUUGUACAUCAACGGUGUGGAAUUGAUGAACUGCUACGAGGAAGAGAACAGCCCGUUCGACCAGCGCAAGAAGCUCGUCGAGCAGCAGCUACUUCGGACGGUGGUGGGCAGCGAUGUGCACUGGGACGGGUUCGAAGAUGUGGAGCCGCAGGCGGACGGUGAGGAGUUUCAGGUGGAUGAGAACUACCUUGAAGCGCUCGAGUGGGGUCUCCCACCGACGGGCGGUUGGGGCUGCGGAAUCGAUCGGCUCGUGAUGCUGUUCUCGGGGCAGAAGCGGAUCGCGGACGUGUUGCCGUUUGGGUCGCUAAGGAACGUGGUCACGAUGGGAAAGGGGCAUCCGGAUGCGGUUUUUGAAACGCAACGGAAAGAUGAUAGCAAGGAUGAUAGCGCCGAGUCCGGUCAUCAAUCGGCUCUGGAGUGAUCCGAAGGACAGUAGAUAUGUAUGAUAUAUGUGAAUAUACCCCUCUUCGUGGUAGACGUGCCACACGUCCCGGCCCCAUUUACCGACCCUCCUUCUAUUAUGUCGGUAUGUCUGAUGAGUUGACAAUCUCCUAACCCGCCAAAUCAUCCGCCUUUCUCCAAAUCUCCACCAGCGGCCCCUCCCGCCCGUAUAUCGGGUCAAACUCCGGUAUCGCCACCGACUUCGCGACUUUU